CCAUAGCUAAGGUAGGUAGGUACCUACCUGUCCAGAUACCUGCCUAGGUAGGUACCUAGGUAUUAAUUCGUAGGUCGAGCAUACCCCACAUAAAACCGACUCUAAAAACUCACCGCCCUCUGAACUGCCCUUCAAUGAGGACCGCGGCGACGCACGUGACAUGGUUUUCCCACCGUUUACGGCAGAAAAAAAUACGACAGAGGUUGAGAAGAGGGGUGCAGUUGUCGGCGGCGAGACUCUUACGAUAGGUGUGGUUUUGUUACUUUUUGAAAAGCUGCAUUAAAUCGGGUUAAACAUAGUCCCCUGUUGUCUCUCUUUCAGCGUUUUGUCGCAAGGAAAAGUAUCUUCACGGUGCACCUGAGUAGGCGUCCUAGUCCUGUGCUGUCCACUUUGGAAACAUUCAAUUUUGCUGUCCCCAAUAUCAACCCCGCUUCCGGAACACGCCCAGCAAGGACUUCAGAAAUUACAGAGGCAGGCCCCACGUCAAGGAUCAGAAUCACGGUGGAGGGCAAACUCCCAGCUGCACAAAUCGUAUACAACGCAUUGAUCGACCCAUUCUCGCCAUCGACACGAUCGCUGCGAACAUAGUCAACAAAAUGGCGGCUUCAUACCAGCCCCAGCUGGUGUUCGUCGACGGCUCCUUCGCGGAGCUGGCGCAGGACAUGGCAAGCGUGCUCCAGAUCAGCGACGAGAUCCAACCUCUUCUCGACAGCGAGAAGGAGAGUGAAGCGCUGGCCAAGAUUGUCACCGAGUCGAAGAAGCUGAACGCGAUUCCGGAGAAGGAGUUCACAGGCGCCUACAACCUUCUCGUGCAUCUGGUCUUGCAAUCCAAGGAGCCCAAGAAGCACUUACCAACAAUCUGCCAAAACCUCACGAGACCCGUCACAUCGUCGCCCCAGCACGGAGCCCAAUUAGCACUCUUCGAGCUCACGAGCAUCUUCAACCUUCUGAAACCCAACGACCCGGUUCGGUUCAACGUGUUCAUCCAGAUCAUUCGUUUCUACAAGAUUCACAGUAUCCCAAUCUCAGACCACCUGAAGAGUGCUUUGAAGCAGUUGCCGAGAUGGCUUCAGAGCUGGGAUCUGGAUGAGGAGGACCAGCGCAAGAUGUACUUGGAGGUUAUUGAGGUCAUGACUGCGGCUGGAGAGGAAGAAGAGGCAUAUCAACAUAUCCUCAAGGCGCUACGUACCUUCGACUCAGAUGACGCCGAGGAUUACACAUCCGAGGAGGCACAGCAGCUUGCUCUCCGCGCUUUGCGCUCCGCGAUAUCCUCACCCACCAGGCUCUCAUUCGAGGACAUUCGAGCAUUGCCCGCCGUCCACGCUCUCAGCGAGUCCCACCCCGUCCAUUAUCAGCUUCUGCAGAUCUUCGGCGAGCAAGAUCUCGACGACUAUGACGACUUCAGGGAGGAGCACGAGGGUUUCAUCGAGAAGGAGAACCUUGACAAUGAGGUUCUCUACCGAAAGAUGCGACUGCUUACUUUUGCGUCGCUGGCAGCAGCAAGCAUGCAAACACGCGAGAUAUCGUACAGCUCCAUCACCAAAGCGCUCCAGAUCCCUUCGGAGGAUGUUGAGAUGUGGGCAAUCGAUGUUAUACGCGCUGGCUUGGUCGAGGGCAAGCUUUCCCAGAAGAAGAAGGUCUUCCUGAUCCACUCGGUCAGAUACCGUGUGUUCGGCGAGAAGCAGUGGCGCCAGCUUGCAAGUUCGCUGGAGAAGACCAAGAAGACGGUCAGCACUCUGCUUCAGACGCUGCGCAGGGAGGAGGCGAAUGCGCAGCAGGAGGCUGAGCGCAAGUUGGUCGAGGCGAGCACUCAGCACAACAACGAACGUGGCAACCAAAGGCGAGGCGGCAACCGUGGCCAACAACACCGUGAGCGUAACGACAAUGAUGAUUGAGAACAGAAAAUGAAGACCGAAGACGGAGGGAAAAGUCUACCUGGUUUUUGUUUUUUGCCUUUGUUUUUAACGCAGCUGGGUUCAAAAGGUCCUGGGUAGCUUUAGGUGUUGGGGUUUCGAGCCAGCAUUAGUUGUGACGCCAACCAAAGAGAUGUCUUCUUUCUCUUUUGUGGCCUGGGAUAGACGGUUUUUGCGAGUCCGAAGUUGGUCCAUCACGCCUAGUUAUUCUCAUACGGCGCCGCAUUGGGGCUCGUCAAAUUUGAUACGCGGAAUGGCAUGGGUGACUUUAAGGCAGGGAAUAAACAAGAAAAUUCUAUCUGCUCGUCCAUGAGCUGUGUUGUUGUUAUGUAUGUAAGUGUUUGCGGAAGUGGGUGUAGUCAACUAGACUUGAGAUCUUGAACACCGAGAGUUGGUCUCUUCAUGGCUCAACCCCAAGCAUAAUCUCUACGGGACAAAGUGAAGCGCCAUGCAGUGUACAGAGGUAAAGAGGCAAAGGAAUAAACAAGUAAAAAAUACAGAGGGGAAGAUUUUUUUUCCUCAUCUCAACUUAGAAGCUGGAGCCCAGGCGGCUUUCAAUGCGCUUCUGGGUCUCCUUGCUGACCUGGUCAGGGGGCGGUGUGGCAUCAAUCUUGACGACACGGUUCUCCUUCUCGUAGUGGUCAACCACGGGCAUGCUGGUCUCGAUAAAAGUGCGGAAGCGCUUCCGGAUGCUCUCGGCAUUGUCGUCGGCCCGACCGCUGGUCUUGCCGCGCUCGAGGAGGCGGCGCUCCAUCUCUGCCUCGGGGCAGUCGUAGAAGAGGACAAACUUGGCCGGGCAGACAGUCUCCUCGAACUUGAGGGCUUGGUCCAUCUUGCGGGGGAAGCCGUCGAUCAAAAACUUGGCCUUGGAGGACCCGUCCUUGCUCUUCUUCUUGUUCUCCUCGACGACCUCGGUCAUGGCGUUCUCGAGCAGCUGCACCGUCACCUCCAUGGGCACGAUGGCGCCGUUGCGGAUGCAGUCCUUGAUGAGCUCUCCGAACUGCGACCCGGGCCGCUCCUGCUCCGCGCGCAGCAGGUCACCGGCGGAGAGGUGGGUGAAGCCGUAGCGCUCGACGAGUUGGGCGCACUGGGUGCCCUUGCCAGCGCCGGGUCCACCGAGGACAAAAACGACGGUGACGUCGUCCGCGGAGAAGGUAGGUGUAGGUUUCGCCGGGGCAGGGAGGCGGCCGCCGAGGCCGACUUGUUGUUGAGGUGGAACGCCGGGCAUAUCUGUUGGUAUAGGCAAAGCGAAGGGGGAAAGUGGUUUGCUCCAGUCAGUUGGGUUGCGUCUAUUUUCGGAUAACUUUGUAAAGGUUCACAGCUAGCAGACAGGUGGUGAUGGUCGAGACAAGAUGAGACAAGACAGGAUCAGAUGCGCGCAAUGGCUUCAGUACUCAUGUACCGAUGGAAUAUGUGGUUGCAG